ACUUAGAGCCAUAUGGUCUUGGUCGCCAUAAAUAUUAUGGCAGCAGCACUACCUGCUACAAAGUAAACAAGCUGAUUCUGCCUCCUUGGUCGCAGAAGACAUGGCACUAGCUAUGGGAAUCUGCAGAAAUAUGGGAACUCGAUCAAAGGUAGAAAGACGGCUGGGAGGAAACAGGGCUGCACUUUUUGUGUAUGCAAUGGAGGGGCUUGAGAACAUGGCUUUCAUUGCCAUGGCAGUGAGCUUGGUGACUUACUUCUUUGGGUACAUGAACUUCAACUUAACAAAGUCAGCCACCACUGUGACCAACAUUAUGGGGACUGCGUUUCUGCUUGCACUCUUUGGGGGUUUCGUCUCUGACACUUAUCUCUCAAGGUUCAAGACUUGUGUCCUCUUCGUCUCCAUGGAAAUCUUGGGGUAUGGUAUCUUGGCAGUACAAGCACACUUCAAACAAUUAAGACCAAUCCCCUGCAAGGGCGCAGCAACAAUCCAGACAAGUCAAUGCGAGGCUGCUAGUGGAGGCCAAGCUGCGAUCCUCUACACCGGGCUUUACCUUGUUGCAUUAGGAACUGGCGGUGUUAAAGCCGCCUUGCCAGCCUUAGGGGCCGACCAGUUUGAUGAUAAAGAUCCCAAAGAGGCAGCUCAACUAUCUAGCUUUUUCAACUGGUUCUUGCUUAGCCUCACCAUUGGAGCUAUAGUUGGUGUUACUUUCAUCGUUUGGAUUAGCACCAACUUAAGCUGGGAAUGGAGUUUUACCAUAUGCACCAUCUCUGUAUUAUUCGCAGUCAUCUUUAUAAUCAUGGGCAAAUCAUUAUAUCGAAAUAAUAUUCCAAAGGGAAGCCCCCUUGUGCGGAUCAUACAGGUCUUUGUGGCAGCCUUCAGAAACAGAAAACUGCAAAUUCCAGAGAACGAGGAGGAACUACAUGAGAUUCUUGAGAUAAAAGGGGAGGACAAUCAAGAAAUCCUCAAAAGGACAGAUCAAUUCAGGUUCUUGGACCGGGCAGCAAUUAUAAGGAGCACCACUGAUGCAGCGACGGCCAUAAGCUCGGGACCAUGGAGUCUGUGUACGGUGACCCAAGUAGAAGAAACAAAAAUAUUGAUCCGUAUGCUACCAAUAAUAUGUAGCACCAUAUUCAUGAACACAUGUUUGGCUCAGCUUCAGACCUUCUCUAUACAGCAAAGCACCACCAUGAACCCCAACAUCAAGGGAUUUAAAGUACCAGGCCCAUCUAUCCCAGUUAUCCCUCUACUCUUCAUGUUCGCCCUAAUCCCUUUGUACGACCGCAUAUUCGUCCCACUUGCUCGGAGAAUCACCGGAAUCUCCACGGGAAUCCGACCCCUUCAACGCGUCGGGGUUGGGUUGGUUCUGUCAGCCAUUUCCAUGGCAGUCGCCGGAGUUGUUGAAACCCACCGGAAGUCGGUGGCCAUCCAACACGAGAUGGUGGACAGCACAGAGCCUCUGCCUUUGAGUUUGUUUUGGCUAGGUUUCCAGUACGCUAUUUUUGGAGCAGCAGAUAUGUUUACUCUGGUUGGACUUCUGGAGUUUUUCUAUGCUGAAAGUUCGGCAGGAAUGAAGUCACUCAGCACGGCUAUAUCUUAGAGUUCUGUGGCAUUUGGCUAUUUUACAAGCACCGUGGUGGUUGAAGUGGUUAACAAAGUGAGUGGAGGAUGGCUGGCAAGUAAUAGCCUCAACAGAGACAAGCUUAACUACUUCUACUGGCUGUUGUCUGCGUUGAGCGUCCUUAAUUUUGGGUUUUACUUGGUUUGUGCUUCUUGGUAUAGAUACAAAAAGGUGGAAGACAAGCAAGGCCAUCCCCGAGAUACCCUUGAGAUGACCAUGGUUUAGUUUAGAUCUCUGGUUCUUGUUUACUUGUUUGCUUUUGGUUUCUCGAUCACCUGGCAUGAAUUAAAUACAAUUCGCAUGACGUGGAACUUGAAAGUGAAUGCAUGCGUAAACCACAUGUAUAGAUUGUUUAUUGA